AUGAACUCUCCUUCGCAGGUCACGGCUGACCCCACUUUCUCUUCACCUCAUCCGUCGGCCCUGUCUGCAGGUACGCCCAUUCCAUGGCUGCCGCUGCCACCGCCGUCCUCAGCAGGGUCGUCGGCCAUGAUCGCAUCAGAUGCGAGCGAGCGCUGGGCAGCCGCGCUGCAGAGCGUGCCCUACCUACACUCCAUCCUGGAGGGACCGACAUUCACCGUGUACCGGCCGCCCACCGUGAUUCAGCUGAGUGAGGCUACGGGUUGCUCCGUCAGCAAGUUGGCCGGCGCAUACAGCGACUUGCCGGUCAUCACACUCACUAAGAUUGUCUCGACCGGUUACCAGGAGAAAGCGGCGCCCGAAGCAGCAGCACUCAGUCUCAACUCCGAUGCCUUCGAGUAUCUGCAGCUGUCGCCGACGGACGACUCGCUGGAGAUGGCCGCCAAGGCGCUGAUGGCGCGCCGUCCCGUGCCGGACGCAGAGGAGAUCUUUUGGGAGGCCGAAUACUGGGAGACGCUGAGCAGAGUUAGGCGUCAGGCGCAAGAGGAGAAGGAGGGCCUCCGAGAGAAGAAGCGGGCUCAGAGGGAGAGAAGGGCAAUGAUGGGAGCCAGCAACAGCAGCGUCGGGGUGCCGUCGUCGAGGAUGGGCGCGGCAACGACGCAGUCCUCCAUGAACUCGCCCUCGUUCGCUACGCCGCACAGUCGCCAGGGCUCCCUUGGAGGACCACCCGGCGACUGCGGUGACGGUUCACCCGCGAACCUGCAUAUACAGACAGCAGCGCAGCGCACCGCAAAGGGUCUACUGCGCCGAGCACGGUACAACGAGGCCCACAACCCGGCCCAGCGCAUGCUCGUGCGGUCAGGGUCGCUGUUGUCGCAGAGUAGCGCGACGCAGUCGGUGGUUCGCUGCCGCACUCGCCCCCGCCAUGACUCUAUCACUUCCCUGCAUACAUUGUCCGGCGCGCGGGGGUUUCAGUAUCCCCUGUCAUCCUUCGCGAGCGACGAUGGGCGAAGCGCAACCAGCGACUCGUUUAGAACGCUACCCACGCACAUCGGUCGCAGCUGUCCGUCGCGUGAGCUGCUGGCAACCAGUCUGGAGCUCGAGUUGUCUGCAUCCGGCGAGCCAGCCAACACAGACACCACCAUACGCGUCGGCCCUGCGUCAGCCGAGGGAGCGAAGGUUGACACCGCGGCUACUCCUGAAGUAUCCCCGCCCCAAAACGACGGCGGCUCACCCAUCGCUUCCCAAGAAGUUACGAAGAAGCGGCCACCUAGCGCUUUGGCGGCCGCGUCACUGCACUCGUUGUCCUCUAUGCAGGCUUUGUCGAAUCACUCUCCAGGCUGCCGGCGACGUCGUAGCACGAAUAGUCUCAUCCGCACCAGCACCACCUCUCCGAAGACCUGGGCCAUGGUUCGGAACUCCGUGACACAUGCCCCGCCGACCAACCCAACCCCCAUGCCGCUCUCAGAGCCACUUGCACUGGAGCGCACUCCGCCGUCACCGCUGCGGGGCAGAAGUAACAGAAAAAACAAAGAUACGUCUCUUUCACCUCGACCUGCAGGCGCAAAGUGUAGGCGUGUGGGGAAGAAGCGGCCAGAGGCCGAGGGAGAGUCCGAGGAGUGUGGUGGGGCUUCGGGACUGCAACCUCAGCUCCUCUCUCUCUCGAAGAUGCAUCGAAGGUCUGGUGGGCAGUCCUUGACUGGUGUAUCUCCCGCGCCGGUGGAUGCGCAGCCGAACUCUCGGUGCACCACAGCACGACCCUCGUCCGGCACCAUCAAUAGAUCAGCUACUGCCAGCCCCUGCUCGCGCCCUUCGGGGGGCACGCCUAGAAAGUCACCCCAGACUGCACCCGUGACCACUGCCGCAGUAGGAGCGAGUAAAAUAAAGAGCUCGUUUGCCGCACCGUCUCGGGUAGCGCGAGAAGCCACUGUCAAAGCCUCAACUAGCAGCGUCGGUGCACCUUCCACCGCAGCUGACGCAAAGGUGAAGAAGGGCGGGGUCAAGAAAGUCGCGACCAAGGCUGAUCUGAAGCUUAUGUCUCUGCACCCGAAUACAGCUCAACCGCUGCCUGGAUGCCGCGUGGAUGGCGAUUCUGUUCCGGCCAAGGACUUGAGUCAUCCCUCGAUGCCACCACGUACUGCUGCCGUGACAGCUACGGCAUCGUCUGCGCUACCGCAUCUUUCUCUCUCUUCCUCGAUUCUGCAGAAAGCUCGAGUGCCACUUGCACCGGUGCCCAUGCCGCCGCCGCAAGCAGGGCCUGCUGCCAUGCCAUCGGCUAUCACCACCAUCUCCGCUGUCACGACGCCCUCACCAAAUAGCACGACGCCACGAAGGACGGAAACAACUGUGCCCUCGUCGCGCGCCCCGACUCGAGAGGUAACCCUGUCGCUGCACUUUGAGCAGGCCGCGGUGGACAUGCGUGCCACGUCGCCGGCAGCCUCCAAAGGUGGUGCUGCCACAGCGUCGUCCACAACAUCACGUAUGACCGUCGCUCCGCCUACAGCUCCGAAGCCAUCCUCCACUGUCGCAACUCCGCGCAGAAAUGGUGAGGUGCCGCUCGCAAGCGACCACCACACUACGGCGACGACGAGUGAAAGGAGCGCCAAGGGGGAGGCGGCAACGCCACCUGCAGUGGUGUCUGACACUGCCUCAGAGGAUGACGCGGUACCGGCUCAGCUGGGCAACGACCGGGCAGACGAGAGUGCUACGGUGCCUCCCUCUUCCUCCUUUACUCUUCCUACUGCUCCUGUUGCUGGACGAGACGCACGUAGCGCAUCCCAGGGCGGUGCGGUGGCCGGCUCGGGGCCUUCGAAAAACGAAGUCAAGAAGAAAGCGUCCAGUUGCUGCGCCGUCGCGUAG